AUGGCGGAAGUAGAGGAGAAGGGCAGGAAACCAAGUGAAGAGUCUACAGAUGAAUCUGAGGAGGAAGACAGUGAGGAGGAGCCUAAGCUGAAGUAUGAGCGACUGGCCAAUGGGGUGACAGAGAUUCUUCAAAAAGAUGCUGCCAGCUGUAUGACAGUCCAUGAUAAGUUCCUCGCGCUGGGCACCCACUUUGGGAAGGUCUUCCUUCUGGACAUCCAAGGAAACGUUACCCAGAAGUUUGACAUUAGUCCGGUGAAGAUCAAUCAGAUCAGUUUGGAUGAGAGUGGAGAACAUGUGGGGAUCUGCUCAGAGGAUGGCAAGGUUCAAGUGUUUGGACUUUACACGCGGGAGGGCUUCCAUGAGAACUUUGACUGUCCUAUCAAAGUGGUGGCGCUGCACCCGCGCUUCAGCAGUUCAAACUGCAAACAGUUUGUAACUGGCGGCAACAAGCUGCUUCUGUACGAGAGGAACUGGCUGAACCGCUGGAAGACGUCCACUCUGCACGAGGGGGAGGGCACCAUCACUAACGUCCAAUGGAGAGCCAAUCUGAUUGCUUGGGCCAAUAACGUGGGAGUGAAAAUCUACGACAUCAGCACCAAGCAGCGAAUCACCAACGUGCUGCGGGAUAACGUCAGCCUCCGGCCUGACAUGUACCCCUGCAGCCUGUGCUGGAAAGACAACACCACCCUUAUAGUCGGCUGGGGCUCCUCCAUUAAGAUCUGCGCGGUGAAGGAGAGGGACCACGCCGAGAUGAGAGACCUUCCUAGCCGCUAUGUGGAAAUCGUGUCCGCGUUUGAAACGGAGUUCUUCAUUAGUGGCCUGGCACCUCUGGCCGACCAGCUGGUCACCCUGUAUUUUGUGAAGGAGACCUCCGAUCACAUGGAGGAGGAGUUCCGAGCAAGGCCUCGUCUGGACAUCAUCCAGCCUCUGGCUGAGGGCUGUGAGGAGAUCUCAUCCGACGCCCUGACUGUCCGUAAUUUCCAGGAGAACGAAUGUCGGGACUACCGGCUUGAACAUUCCGAGGGAGAAUCCCUCUUUUACAUCAUCAGUCCCAAAGACAUUGUGGUGGCCAAAGAGCGAGACCAGGAUGACCACAUUGACUGGCUACUAGACAAAAAGAAGUAUGAGGAAGCUCUGAUGGCUGCCGAGAUCAGUUUCAAGAACAUUAAACGCCAUGAAGUCCAGAAAAUUGGGAUGGCCUACAUAAAUCACCUGGUGGAGAAGGGGGACUAUGACUCGGCUGCAAGGAAGUGUCAGAAGGUCCUGGGGAAAAACAUGGAACUCUGGGAGAAUGAGGUGUACAGGUUCAAAACCAUUGGGCAGUUGAAGGCCAUCAGUCAGUACUUGCCCAGAGGGGACCUGCGACUCAGACCGGCCAUCUACGAGAUGAUCUUGCAUGAGUUCCUUAAGACGGACUAUGAGGGCUUUGCCAUGUUGAUCCGUGAGUGGCCAGGCGAGCUGUACAAUAACAUGACUGUCAUCCAAGCCGUCACUGACCACCUCAAGAAGGACCCGGCCAAUGGUACCCUGCUCACGACGCUGGCCGAACUUUACACCUACGACCAACGCUAUGACCGGGCCCUGGAGAUAUACCUUAGACUCCGGCAUAAAGACGUUUACCAGCUGAUCCACAAGCACAACCUGUUCUCCGCCAUAGAAGACAAGAUUGUGCUCCUCAUGGACUUCGAUAAAGAGAAAGCUGUGGAUAUGCUCCUGGAUAACGAAGACAAGAUAUCGAUGGACAGAGUGGUUGAAGAACUCCGAGACAGGCCUGAGCUCCUGCACAUAUACCUUCACAAGUUGUUCAAGAGGGACCACCACAAGGGUCAGAAGCACCACGAGAGACAGAUUGGUCUGUAUGCAGAGUAUGACCGUCCCAACCUCCUGCCAUUUCUAAGGGACAGCAUCCACUGCCCACUAGAAAAGGCUCUGGAGAUUUGUCAGGAGAGGUACUUUGUGGAGGAGACCGUGUUCCUGCUCAGCAGGAUGGGGAACUGUCGACGGGCCCUUCAGAUGAUCAUGGAGGAACUGGAGGAUGUGGACAAGGCCAUUGAGUUUGCAAAGGAGCAGGAUGACGCCGAGCUGUGGGAGGAUCUCAUCUCCUAUUCCAUCGACAAGCCUCCCUUCAUCACCGGCCUGCUCAAUAACAUUGGAACACAUGUGGAUCCUAUCUUGCUCAUCCACCGAAUAAAGGAGGGCAUGGAGAUUCCUAACCUCAGAGAUUCUCUGGUCAAAAUCCUUCAGGACUACAACCUACAGAUAUUGCUCCGGGAAGGCUGUAAGAAGAUCUUAGUGGCUGACUCGCUGUCCCUGCUUCAAAAGAACCACAGAACUCAGAUGAGAGGGGUCAGAGUGGAUGAAGAAAACAUAUGCGAAUCUUGUCACGCUUCGAUAUUACCAUCAGAUAUGGCCCAGAACUUCAGUGUGGUGGUUUUCCACUGCAGACACAUGUUCCAUAAGGAGUGUUUACCCUCUCCGGGAACGAUUCCUGGGGUCCAGUUUUGCAACAUCUGCAGUGCGAAGCGGAGAGGACCAGGAAGUGGGAUACUUGAGAUGAAGAAGUAACAGAAAAUCUCUACAUGCCGUCAUUUAAUCUUUUCCAAUUUGGAAUGAAUAGUCAUGUCAUCAUUGCUUAUUCACAUUAUACUCUGUUGCAUCAAAUGUGUAAAAAGUCAUUAUAUAAACUGUUACAACAUAAAAAUGAUAAAUGUUGCACUGUCCCCUGAAAUAGUUUUUUGCAAUUUGCUUUGAACCCCAAAUAAAAUGCAUUUGUAAUCUCAA